CUUUAUAGAUGUAUCAGUAUCCCCAACUCAGCUAUUCUGCCGGAGAAAAGUUUCUUUAACUUUUGAACUCUCUGUCUGUCGUCGUCGACGCAUGCCCAGUCAACCAAAGCUUGCUCAUCAUCAAGAAUAUUCACCGGAGCUAGGAUAUAAUCUGCCAUUUCCCCCUGCUUCUUGUUUAUCGGAUUAGCUUUUUCCCUGCUUAGUUAUCUCCCCAAAGGAUAUUAGUUUACUAUUGCUUGGUGAAUGCCAGUUCUUUAAAUGGAGGACCAACGAAUGUGGGAAGACUUAGACACGGACUGCUUGGUGAAUAUUUUUGGAAGAGUUGGAAUGGAGUCACUGCUUUUGGAUAUCCUUUUUGUGUGCAAGUCAUGGUACAAAGCAAGCCUCAUUCCUUCUUGCUGGCAUUGUAUCGAUUUUCCUGGCCUUUCAGUUGAUCAAACUUUUGACUUGUGUCACCAAAGUGUUGGACAUAAUACCAUUUAUCAAAGAUUUGCUUCUGAAUUCCAAAUUGAUAAGAGCCGAUUCUCCUUGACUGCUUUUAUUAAGUUUGUCGUCAAUCAUAGCCGAGGAAAAGCUACUUCUAUCUCACUACCUUCAUAUUGUACUCGAGAAGCAGUUGAGUUUGUUGCCCAUGUAUGUCCUGACCUUGUGUUUUUGGAUGUAUCUCGAUAUUUACUGUUCACAACAUCAAGAAAACAUAUAUCAGAUCUGAUGUGCAAGUGGGAAAAUUUGGUGGAGUUAUGGAUAAGUUGGAGCUAUAAUUUAGAGCAAAUCCUGUCACCAAUCAGCAUUCAUUGCAAGAAUUUUUGUUCUCUGCAUGUGUGUAAUGCCUCCAUUCGUAAAGAUGAAGCACUAGCGAUCAUUACUUUUGUGCCUAAUAUUAAGUACUUAAUCUUGAGGUCUGCAGACUUUCAUAGGGAUAGUCUUGUUUCAAUACUGAGGAGCUGUAAAAGUCUUGUGCUGUUGAAUGUCAGAGAUUCUGUUGGGUUUAAUGAGGUUGAUGAGGAAAUAUUAAAGCUUUCUUCGCAUAUUAGUAAAUUUCUGUGCGAGGGUUCAAAAGAAGAAAGGUUUAUUAUACCAUGAUGUUUAUGAGGAACGAGGGGUGCCGUUUUCAAGCAGAUUAUGAACUUUGCUAUGACUGCAGUCCUGUGUGCCCUGGAGGUUAGUGGGAGUGUAUACUUUUGAGACCUAGUGCUGCCGAACUUGUGUAGUCUUAAAUGUAAAUGUGGCAGUUGGGCACCUCAUGAUGACCAUUAGUUCAUUACUCAUGCUCUUUAGGUCAAAUAAGAGCUUGUUGUUGGCUCCUUACGUAAGUUUCUUACUCCAUCUUAUAAACAACUUUACCUUCAAAACUUAGUUGUUCUGUAUAUAUUCCAGUUGUUCAGCUGAAUCUAUUGUUUCAAUCCCCUUUCUCUAUGGCAUAUUGGAAUGCGGGAUUAGUUUGCUUCGGUAUUGAUGUAUGUGAGAGUUAAAUGGGAAGUGAAUAGGCCACUGAAAUGAAAGUAGCCAAAAGAAAUCUAUCUUAAGCAAUGAUUAUUAAGUGGCACUCA